AUGGAGCUCACCUCAGUCCCUCUCCACAAAGGACAGGUCUCCUGGAGGGGACUCCUGCUUACAGUCUCUCUUGUCAUCUACUGGAACUCUCCCACCGCUGCCCAAGACAUCACUCUUGAAGCAGUUCCAUCCGUUGUUGCUGUAGGGGGAAGUGUUUAUCUACUUGCCCACAAUGUGCCAAGAAGUAUCCGUUUCUUUACCUGCAAAGAACCACUACCCAAGCCCAGCAUCACAACCAACAAUGCCAAUUCUAUGGAGGGUGAGGACUCAGUAGCAUUAAUGUGUGAGCCUAAGACUCAGAAUACAGCCUACCUGUGGAGGAUCAAUGACCAAAGCCUCUCAGUAGAGAACAGGCUGAAGCUGUCUGAGGACAACAGGACUCUCACUUUACUCAGUGUUGUGAGGACUGACACUGGACUCUAUGAAUGUGAAUCUGGAACACA